GACAUUGAUAAGCAGAAGGUGGAGUUUUGUUGUUAGGUGCUACGGCAUGUUAAUUUGGACGUUUUGUUUUGGGACCCUUGUUAGUAUAAUUUUCGUGACGCUUAAGAUACUUAACUGGAAGGUGCAGUGUUGGUUUUGUGGCUUUUGUACAAGGGUGCCAUGGAGGAAGAAGAAUUCUUUUGUCUGUCAACAGUGUGGUCAAUACAAUGGUUUCACACGCGAUGGAGACUACAACAAGAUUAUUCCAUCACAGUUCCAAUCAGAACUGAAUCCAACUUGUCGAUAUCAGGCUAACAGCAAGUUUAAGUCUCAUUCUAAUAUUCUAUGUUUGGACUGUACUAAUAAUCAAGCAAUUAUUGUCCAGAAGUUAUCAGAAUAUGUUCCAAAAUAUAAAGAUUCGGAUGAAGAAAUAAAAAGGUACGCUCACAUGCUGGAAUUGACCUACGGACUUUGCAAUGAUUGCCAUAUGAAAGUAAAUGAUAGGGUUCGCAAGUUGGAUUCGAAACUUCUACCAAGUUUUAUUGAAUGGUGGCAUGAAAAACGACGUACAACACCCGUCACAGAGAAUCCUGUUAAACGUAAAACACGUCGAAAAUAUUUAGCUUGGCUUGAAUUGUUAAUUGUUGUACGUAUUAUAAGCAUAAUAUGCUUUGCAUGCAUUAUUACCGGUCCACUAUUAUCCGAGAUAAGUAGACAAACUUGUCUUGUUCAUGUGUUGCCGGGGAAUAAAUCAUACAUGUAUAAAUUUGUCGAAGUAUUUUGGUCUAAGCCUUGUCGACAAUAUUCUCGGUGUUAUUGUUCACAAAUUUUAGUCUAUUCACAGCAUUUAUCACUUUCUAGUGACGGUCAACUAUGGUUCACUUUACUAUUACUUUGUUUACAAGCCACACUUAUCAUUGUAGAUGGUUUACAACUAGAAAAUGCCCAGAAUUCACAUCAACUUUCUAUGUAUCGUCAUGGUGUAAAGUCAUUAAUACUUUUGUAUAAUGUGACAGUACUUUUAAUUUCAGCAAAUAUUCUUUUAUCUUUAUUAAUGAAUUAUGCAGGUUUCCGUGGGUUUAUUAUUCAUCAAACAGUUUUGUCAUCUAAUUUUUCGGUAAAAAUUUGGUUUGCACUUGGUUUUAUCUUUCUCCUCCUGAUUGUAAUUAUUAUUCUGUUUGUUAUCAAAAUAUGGUCAUCAUUUUUCGUAAAAGAUUUUAAAUCACAACAUAAAACACUGAAAGAGACAUGGCCUAAUGAUACUAGCACUCAUGAUAACAAUAAUAGUAAUAAUAGUACUUACUUAAAACAUGUGAUAGGCUUACAAUCAAGUGAUAGUAUAAGUUAUUAUUCAACACCGAGUAUUCGUCGUGAUAAUCAUCAUUCGCAUUCAUCAAUCAUUAGUAGUCAAGGAUCUUUAAAUUCAAGUCGGAAAUCCCUUGAAGAUGAAAUGGCUGGAACAAGAAUAUCACCGAUUACCCAAUCGACAAAUGCUUUUCGACCAUCUGUGUUGGAGAGUGUCAACAGUUAUUGUCCCAGUGUUACUGGAUCCUACUACUCUGUGAUGAAUCCUCCUCCUCCCCAGCGUCCUCCGAGUUUGCUUUCAACUCAUUCCAAUCUGACGGGGCGGCGGAGAGUAGAGUCGUUAAGAUCGAACGAGGAUGCUCUAAGUUGUCUGUCAAGUGUUAGUCGAUGUAAUAAAGUUAAUUCAGGCUAUUACACAAGUGACAAUAAUAAUAAUAAUGAUAAUAGUAACGACCAUUUAAAUUCUAUUUCACCAACACAUUCAAUACGAUCAUCCUCCAGGAAGCGUAGAUCUGGUUCAUCAAAACGUAAACGAAGAACUGGUCUAAUACGAUUUAUUUUAUUUCUUUUGUUUGGUCGUCUUGAAACACGUCAAGAUGUGUUAUACGAAUUAACCUGUCUAGCGAAUGCUGUACUACUUAGUAUUGUAAUUUACUGUACAUGUCGAUUAAUGUUUUGUUUAUUUAGUAUAUUUGGUAUUUAAGGCGGCGAAAUUGUUAACUAUCUAUCUAUCUUGCUUCUUUGAAUGCAUUUAAAAAUUUUUUAUAUUUAUUACUGUUAUUAUUAUUAUUCACACAAUGUGUGGAGAUGUUAUGUUUUACGAUGGUGGAUAGUUGUUCGGAAGUAUUGUAGAUAAUUGUAAAUACUGUCGAAGAAAAUAUAAUCCUAUUGGUAUGUUUGUG